ACGGCCGGGGCCGUCACCGCGCUGCGUCACGGGGCGGCCGCCAAGAUGGCGAAGGUGUCGGAGAUGUACGACGUGACUUGGGAAGAUAUGCGUGAUAAAAUGAGGAAAUGGAGGGAAGAAAACUACCGAAACAGUGAGCAGAUAGUGGAUGUUGGAGAAGAGUUAAUUAAUGAAUAUGCGUCUAAACUUGGAGAUGAUAUUUGGAUAAUUUAUGAACAGGUGAUGAUUGCUGCCCUGGACUGCAGUCGAGAUGAUUUGGCAUUGUUUUGUCUUCAGGAGUUAAGGCGGCAGUUUCCUGGGAGCCAUAGAGUUAAACGAUUAACUGGAAUGCGAUUUGAAGCUAUGGAAAGGUAUGAUGAUGCUAUCCAGCUGUAUGAUAGAAUUUUACAAGAAGAUUCAACCAAUACAGCAGCAAGAAAGCGUAAGAUUGCCAUUCGAAAAGCCCAGGGGAAAAAUCUCGAGGCCAUCCGAGAGCUGAAUGAAUAUCUGGAACAGUUUGUUGGUGACCAAGAAGCUUGGCAUGAACUUGCAGAACUUUACAUCAAUGAACAUGACUAUGCAAAGGCAGCCUUCUGCUUAGAAGAGCUUAUGAUGACUAAUCCACACAACCACUUAUAUUGUCAGCAAUAUGCUGAAGUUAAAUACACUCAGGGGGGGCUUGAAAACCUUGAGCUAUCAAGAAAGUAUUUUGCACAAGCAUUGAAGCUUAACAACAGAAAUAUGAGAGCUCUAUUUGGACUUUACAUGUCUGCCAGCCAUAUUGCUUCCAAUCCAAAAGCAAGUGCAAAAAUGAAAAAAGAUAAUAUGAAAUAUGCCAGCUGGGCAGCAAACCAAAUAAACAGAGCAUACCAGUUUGCAGGUCGCAGUAAGAAAGAAACUAAAUACUCUUUGAAGGCAGUGGAAGACAUGUUGGAGACCCUGCAAAUCACUCAAUCUUAGUUUGUCACAGAGAUUGAAUAUGAAAUUUUCCUAUACCACACUGAACCUGUACUGACCUGUGGGUUAUGUUACUCUAGUGCUGUUAAUUUUGUAUUGAUUAAUGUGCUAUAUAAAAUACCAUUUUAUGAAAAGUAAAAUGCCUAUUUAUUGCUGCUAUAAGAAAUGUGAUGAAUACCCACUGAAAUGAAUAACUUAUCCACAUAAAAUCCUAAAGAAAUGACAUGCCGCAUAUCAAUCUCCUCAGAUUUUUCUAUGUACAGUACCUGCUUCUAAGCCAUAAUUUGUAGAAAUAAACUUGUUAAAUGAUUAAAAAAGCAUACAGUGACUUACUGAACUUGCAAAUGGAAAUCACAAAUUUAUAUAUGUAGAUCAAUAAAGUAUAUUAAACAUUUUUCUUAUUUGCAUAUUUAAAAGUAAAAGCAUGCUGCAGAGGUACACUCUUC